GGGAGCCGGGCUGGCAGCGGCGGCCGGCCGGGCGCGCACUGUCGGGAUGGAGGGCGAGCGCCUGGCAUCUCAGGCGCGCUCCUCCGGCCUCCCGGCUGGGGGCGCCACGGGGGAGAGCCCGGGGGUCGACGCCCCCCUCCUGGGCAGCAGCGGCUCCUCUGCCCUGCUGCAGGCCGAGGUGCUGGAUCUGGACGAGGACGAGGACGACCUGGAGGUGUUCAGUAAGGCUCUUCUAUACAGUGACCUGCCACCUUCCUCAUAAGAGGUGGGAUCUCUGCCCCCUCCUUGAAUCUGGCUGGGAUUGUGACUGCCUCAUCAAUAAGGAUGCCUCACUGAUGGACAUGAAUUCCUUCAGCCCUAUGAUGCCAACAUCCCCUCUGUCAAUGAUAAAUCAAGUCAAGUUUGAAGAUGAGCCAGAUUUGAAAGAUCUCUUCAUUACAGUUGAUGAACCUGAAAGCCAUGUUACUACAAUUGAAACUUUCAUUACAUACAGGAUUAUUACUAAGACAUCUCGUGGGGAAUUUGACUCCAGUGAAUUUGAAGUUAGGAGACGUUAUCAAGAUUUCCUUUGGUUGAAAGGAAAACUUGAAGAAGCACACCCCACUCUGAUUAUUCCACCAUUGCCUGAGAAGUUUAUCGUGAAAGGAAUGGUGGAACGCUUUAAUGAUGACUUCAUUGAGACACGCAGGAAGGCACUGCAGAAAUUCCUGAACCGAAUUGCUGAUCAUCCAACUUUAACAUUUAAUGAAGACUUCAAAGUGUUUCUUACUGCACAAGCUUGGGAACUGUCUUCUCACAAGAAGCAAGGGCCUGGAUUGCUCAGCAGGAUGGGGCAGACAGUCAGAGCUGUCGCGUUAUCAAUGAGAGGAGUGAAAAGCCGCCCGGAGGAGUUCAUGGAAAUGAAUAACUUUAUUGAAAUAUUUAGCCAGAAAAUAAAUUUGAUAGAUAAAAUAUCUCAGAGAAUUUACAAGGAAGAAAGGGAAUAUUCUGAUGAAAUGAAAGAAUACGGCCCGAUUCAUGUUCUGUGGUCGGCGUCAGAAGAAGAUCUGGUUGAUAGUCUAAGAGGGGUUGCCAGAUGCCUUGACCAAUGCUGUAAGGCCACUGAGAAACGGAUGUCUGGACUCUCAGAGGCCCUGCUUCCUGCUGUACAUGAGUAUGUGCUUUACAGUGAAAUGGUAAUGGGUGUUAUGAAAAGGAGAGACCAAAUACAAGCAGAACUGGAUUCCAAAGUGGAAGCUUUGACGUAUAAAAAGGCAGAUACUGAUCUGCUUAUAGAAGAGAUUGGAAAACUUGAGGAUAAAGUGGAAUGUGCUAAUAAUGCCCUGAAAGCAGAUUGGGAAAGAUGGAAACACAAUAUGCAAAAUGAUAUCAAGUCAGCAUUUACAGAUAUGGCUGAGGAGAAUAUCCACUAUUAUGAACAGUGCCUUGCUACAUGGGAAUCCUUCCUUGCAUCACAGACUGACCUCCACAUGGAAGAAACCUCUGAAGAUAAACCUGAAUCCCAUUGAGGACUUAUGUGUGAUCUUUGGGAGACAGCAUCUAUUAACCAAAGUUAUUCUUUCUGGAUGGGCUGUGUCCUUUAUGAAGUGGAUGAAAAAUGUUUCACACUAUCUGGAAAACCAACAGCUUGAAACUCAGGUAUUCCAGAUAAUUGAUAUGAAUUUAUAAUACAUACAUAUAUAUAUGUUAUACAUACAUAUAUAUAUAUAUAUAUGUAUGUAUUAGCUUAGUUUUUAUUUUAAAUUUGUGUGCCAAUAAGUACAUAUAGAAAUUUUUUGCCCAAAUAUUUGUUUGUGGAACAUGUCAUUUUAAAUAUAUUACGAAGACUCAGUUUUAAUAAA